UUCCACUAUAGCGGCCACCACUCGGCGAGAUCGUGGGGGACCCGGCAGUCUCCGCUGGUACACCGAGCUGUGUGUUACCGUUCCUCGCUUGUUGUAUCACGUUCUCCGCCGUAAUCACCGUCGACGCGCGUCCCAUCUGACAGACCUGUAGUCGCGGCACCACGUCGUCGUUCCACACACACAUACACACACACAUAUACACAUACGCGCGGGUAACCUUAUAUAUAUAAAUAUAUAUAUAUAUAUACAUGUAAACUCAUAUAUAUGUAUAUAUACUGUACGUAGAAGCAAAGAGAGAGAGAGAGAGAGAGAGAGAAAGAGGGGGAGAGAUAUACACACUGGUGACCCAGCAGCGUACACGCCAUCCCCUGUAAUACGCACAUCGUAACGUGUACGAGGUCCGUGCACACACCAUCCGCCGGCACACGCGUCCUCUCGCGCACACGGACCAUCGGUGAACAGAGGAUCCUUCUCCGAUAUAUCGAAAGGAGGAGAUAGAAGGGAAGGAAGUAGCGACGCGGGUGUUCCAACCAGUGCUACGACGGAGACGCGAAGAAGGAAUUAACUCCCGUUAAUCUGGCACGCGCGAUCAACGUUUCCAAAUAAGUGAAAAUAUCAUCACGGGGAAGAUAGACUUUUGGUGCGAAGCAGGUGCGAACGGUCCUCGUCUGUUUCGUCUCUUCUUCGUUCAUCGGCUUCUGACAUCGAGGAAUAGCACGUGCAGAUGGAAAUGGACGAUCAACAAGAAAAAAAGCAAGAUAAUUAAUAACCUUUCAAGAAGGACGGACGUCUACGAAUUUACCCAAAAAAUGAAUCUGGAUAUAGACACGAUAAAGAUGACAUCUAAAAACAAAAGAUUCCGAAAAUACACGCGAUAUGCGGAAUAUCCGCUCGGCUGAUGGAGAUCGGGGAACGAGGCGCGAUUCGAGGCAGCGACCGAUCACGACAAAACCGCGCAAGUCAGAGGGAUCUAGCUGUCGACCGAGACGAGGCAACACCCGAAUCUCAAACACUCGAACGCCACAGUGGACGGCCGUGUCGUCUAGUGGCGCGUCGUCGAGGGGUCGCGAGGCGUUGGCGGCAAGACGGCCGAUCGUGCGAGGGUGCUGAGUACUAUUCCGCGGCUGCGAGGACAAGCAACAGCCCGAAGAUUCUCUCAGCAAAGGGCAAGAUGCACAUCGAGGUGCAGGUGGCGCUCAACUUCGUGAUAUCGUACCUCUACAACAAACUGCCGCGAAGGCGGGUGAACAUCUUCGGCGAGGAGCUCGAGAAGGCGCUCAAGGACAAGUUCAAGGGGCACUGGUACCCGGAGAAACCUUUCAAGGGAUCGGCGUUCAGAUGCUUGAAGACGGGCGACCCGGUCGACCCGGUGUUAGAAAAGGCGGCGAAGGAGAGCGGCGUGCCGAUCCAGGACAUCCUGGAGAACCUUCCAGCGGAGUUGGCCGUGUGGGUCGACCCCGGUGAGGUGAGCUACCGCAUCGGCGAGAUGAACGCCGUCAAGAUCCUCUACUCGGAGACGGGGGACCCGCACGACGAGAGCUCGGCCGACCGAGAGGUGACCAAGACGUUCAACCCCGAGGCCCAGUGCUUCAGGCCCAUCGAGGCCGUGGGCACGUCGCUGGGCGGGCUCAGCCUUAGCCCCAAGUCCACGUCCCCGUUCCCGAGCUCGUUGGGCAGCAACGCGAGCAACGGGUCGUCGAACAACCAGCAGAGCGGCCACGGAUCCGGUUCCUCGUCGGCGCCCUCGCCGACACCCAUCACCAGCUCGUUCAAGGGCUCGCCCAGCCCCGUCCCGGCGUUCAUCCCGCGCACCACGGCGCCGCUCACCUUCACCACGGCCACCUUCGCGCAGACCAAGUUCGGAAGCACCAAGUUGAAGACGAGCAGCAAACGGGCGAACAGAAUGUCCCCGACCGAGUUCUCGAACUACAUCAAGCAGCGGGCGAUGCAGCAACAGAUCCACCACCACCACCACCACCAGCACCAGCAGCAGCAGCAGCAACAACAACAGCAGCAACAGCAGCAGCAGCAGCAAGCGGCAGCGGCGGGCGGCCUGCCCGUUUCGCAAACCUCUCCCCGAAGCCGCAGCCUGUCGCCCGGAAGCAUAGUGGCGGGUGGCGGCCAACAGCACACAGACCCAAGCGCGUACUUCUUCCAGCACGGGCCGGCCGCUUAUCAUCCCCAAUUCCCCCAUCGCAACAUCUUCGACUCGUCAAGCCACGGCGGCUACCUAUCCGCCGACCUCUACACAGGCGUCAACUUCCCAUCGUCCUACCUCGACCCGACCACGAUCGCCGGCCACCAGUUCUACGGUGGCAGCGUGAACGGAACGAGCAACGCGGCGGGAAGCAACGGGAAUACGCAGAGCGCAGGGAAUCUGGGCCCGGUCGGGUCCGCGGCGACGAACAGCAACGUGAACGGGUCCGGCCAGCAGCAGGACAAGACGGCGCUCGUCGAGGGGUUGAACAACUUCGGCCUUGGCUCCGUGGCGCCGUAUCCGGCCAGCCAGUACCAGCACCUCCUCGUAGCCAACUAAUACCCCGCGCGAGUGGAGACCGAGCGGCUGGCGCGGCUCGAGUCGCGUCUGAUCCUCUGCUGCUUCACAGGACAGGAAGGGGAGUCGGGGAGGAUAGUAUGAGAGGCCGGGCCGUGCGAACGUGAGCGAACGGGCCACGUUCCAGCCUCUAUCUCGUGCGUCGAGACGUCUUCGUCGUCCAGAGUCUAGGUUCCGUACCCUGACACAUGUAAUACACACGUAAUACACACACACACACACACACACAAUACACGCAUACACGUAUAUACACACACACACGUACAACCAGAUUUCGCUUGCACCAUCCGAUCGGAGCUCACCUUCCUGCUCACCCCCACGCUACAUACAUAUAGAGUUCCCCACUCUGUCUCUCUCCUGGCGAAACGAGCGUCCAAUCCAAAACAACAAGCGGCAAGGUCGGUAGCUCUGCAUUGCUAGUGCAACGAUACCCCCUCCCCCUCCCCCUUCGAAGAUCAUCGGAUCAUCGCGACGACACUUGAAGCUCAUCGACUCCUGUCUUCUCGUUCGAUCUUCUCCGAUCUUUCGGGAGGAAGAGAGAAAGAGAGAAAGAGAGAGAGAGAAAGAGAGGAUCGGCGAGAGAGCGUGCACUGCUACUGCUGUGCGGUGCUCUCUUUGUUUGCUGUCUCUCUCUCUCUCUUUCUUUCUUUCUCUCUCUCUUUCUCUCGAAUAUGGCGAUCCGCUCGAUCUUACGUGUGUGAACAAUAUACGUGCGCGAAAUAGAGAGACAGGGAGAGAGGAAGAAGACGGACGCGAUGAAAACACCGUGGAAGAGACAGCACCGAGGUCGACGCGCACGCGAGCAUCAAGACGACGUGACGUGGAGAAAGUGAGAGAGAGAGAGAGAGAGAGCGAGAGGGAGAACGAAAGAGAACGAAAGAGGAAGAGAACGAGAGUUAGAGCGAGAAUGAGAUUAUACAGAGCGUGUACAGAGGGAUUCGUGAGCGUGUGUGCUGAAGCGUUCGGGAGGAGAGAAGAGGCGGAGGAACGAAAGAAGAGGAGGUGGGAUUGUUCGAUGCGACGGUACUCGCGAACGCGAACUUUGCGACCGACUAACAUAUAUAUAUAUAUAUAUAAAAGCCGCGUGUAUCUUGAACAUUCUGAAAAACCGAAAAACAACAACAACACGGACACCAUGGACCCGAUUGCGCGAUGGCGCUUGUCGUUCGACGAAUGGCUACCACUUGUGUUUCGGACUAAUUUGGUCGGCAGCCAUCUUGGGGCGAAUAAAUCUUGAGAUACCAUACGGACGCGUAAAAAUGGAAUUGCGUGUAUGCGUACUCUAUAUAGAGACCACGGAGAGACCGAUUCGUGAUAUGCUUGAAGAAGGAUGGAAGAAGAGAAUGAGAGAGAGAGAGAAAGAGAUGAAAAAGUCGAACGAUGCGCCAUGCGCCCACACCUGGGACAGCGAAAGAGCCAAGAGACACACAUACAAAUUCGUACGCGAUGCGUAUAAAAUUCCACACGGGCCAGAUUCAUAACGGACACACUUACUCCCAACCAUUUACCUGGCGACCUAUAUACAUAUACAUAUGCAUAUAUAUAUGUAUAUAUAGAUAUAUAUAUAUAUACACAUUUGCCAUGUGAACACACGGAAAUGCCCCGCCUGGUGGUGGCGUGGUGACACGAUCACGAUAUAUACAGACACGGAAGAUAUACAUACAUACAUAUAUAUAUACAUAUAUACAUAUAUACACAACACAUACACACGGAGGCAUCACGCGUCCGUGGUAAAGACACAUUGAGGGCGGGGUGUGCGGACACUUAAUAUCGCGCACGACUUCACCAACACAUACACACAGAUAUUACCAACGUGUAAUAAUUUAUUUUUUCACUGGUAUAGUCGGAGAAUUGAUAUUGAAUAUAUCUGUAGAGCCUAUGUAUUAUAUUCAAAAUAUGCACUCACUUCGCGGGUUGUCGCGAAACGGUGUAGGGACUACCAGUAUCCGGUCUGUCGAAACGUCGACGAACGAACACCCGGGAAGGCUGUUAGUCGUAGCACAUCUUCUGCUAGAUUAUUCCUCUUACGCACAUUUGUUCGAUUCGGGAAAAACCGACGACCGAAUCGAAGAGGAAGAAGGAGGACGAUCAUUGAAGAAGAGAACGUGGCGGUAUUGGAAAAGCGAAGAGGACGAUGAUAUAUAUUAUAUAUGUAACACGGCUGCCGGUGGGAUUCUUUCUCGAUCGAGUCGCAGAUGGUGCUCGCGGUUCCAUACCGUUCGGAAAACUCGUCCUCGGUACGAUUUUACAUUUUAUUUUUAUAAUAAAUGCAGUAGAGCGUAGGAGAGAAAAAAAAAAUUGAAAAAAGCGAAGAAGCAAAGAGGAGAGAAAGAGGAAGAGAGAGAGAAAGAGAGAAUGGAAAAAAGGAAGAAAAGUAGUGGUGGCGUGUUCGCGCGAACGGGAAUAUGGCCGUGUUGCGUCGCUGCCCCGCCAAGGGAAUCAGAGUUUCUCUUUACGGCCGUGGCGUUAGUGGCGUCUAGAGUCGACCGUUGUAUCGAAAAAAAAAAAUAACUUUGAAAAGAACGGUCGACUGCGGUCGUUAUACGGGCUUAAAAAAAAAUACUUGAGCUUAAGAAGAACUUGUCGACCAUGGUUGACGCUUUCGAUUAUUGUAGUCCCUUCGUUUCCCUCGUAAGAUUUUCUUUCGACGCGACCUAACCUAUUCUAUCGUGUGGGAUCAAUCGGAUGACGCUAGAUUCGUCCAUAAGGGGACAACAUUCUCAAAAUUGUGAUCGAACAAUGUUCGACGCGCGAACUUUCCUAAUUCCCGUUUAAUCAUCUCUUUAAAUUCCUGUUUCUAAUCUAUUCGAUCCCAUUGACAGGCGUCGAUUCUAGGCUGUCCGAACUAGCGUGGUUGACGUCCUGGUCUGAGGAUGUUCGAAAAUCAUGGACAAAGGGCGCGUCGAAAGGGAAACAAAGCCGGUGAAAGGGGUUUGGAGCAGCGAGCAACCAGCCGGUUCGCGUUCGCGAGAUUAAUUAGAUGAUUACGUUGUUAAAGGCCGCUGUUACUGUCCUCGACGGCCGGAGAUGCGACCGUGCUCGUGACCUCGAACACGCCUCCGGGCGUCGAUCCGUUUAAGGAAACUUUAGCGUGGAGCUAUGCAUCGGAAUUCAAUUUUGCCAAAUAUUUUUCCAACGCUAUAGUUUCGGGGCUUAGCGUUAGUUCGUUGUCAUUCUAUGAUUCUAUGAAUAUUUAUCGAUCGGCGGGGAAAGUUGGGCAGAAUUAAAAUUAUCUUAGCUCUCUAUAAAAACAUUUGAGUUUAAAAUUAUAAAAAUUAUUAGCUUCUCUUAUAAGUAAAAAAAAAAAAUUCCAUCAAAUUCAUUCACCACUUUUAAACUCGAACUUACUCGAAACGUAUGAAUAAAUUAUAUAUAAAGUCGGUUUAAGAAAAAUCGGAUCGAAAAUCGCUCUCUUACGUGCUCGCUCCACGCUCGACCUCGGGCUUCAAAUCCAAGAUCCAGUCUCCGAACAUAGCACGGAUGAAUCAUAACUUCUCCUUAUUUGAUCAUCAGCUUGUCAGAUCGGGUCACGGUCGGCCUCGUCCGUCGAGCAAUCGCGAGAAGCCGCGACAGCAACAAUGGCGGAGGUGCCGCGAGCCGCGGGCCGGGCACUAGGUGCUAAAAGUAUUAAAAAAAAAGUGUUUAAUCUUGUCGUCGUGGGACAAACGUACGGAAUAAACGCGGCCAUGGACUGUCGAAUUGCUCGCGCGAAAAGUAAGAAGAAAAAGAAGAAGAUCGCGUUUCGCGUCGGUCGAUCCGCUCGAUCCUCUCUUAGACUAGUUUUGAAAAAAAAGAAAAAAAAAAACUUUAGCGUGAAACUUUGUAUCGUGUAAGUGUAAUAAGUAGUAUAAUUUUUAGGCGUGAACUUUCGUCGUUCUUUCGUACGGAUUUUUAUAUAGCAAGUUUUGUAUGAUCGACGCCGAGCAACCAGCUUCCUGCGGUCGUUCCGUCGUUCCUGCGGUGGAUCCGAGAGCGUAUCGAUCGACCGAUCCUCGACGUCUUUGCUCGCUUUUUUGUCGAGUAGAACGAAAUUUUUCCUAAUUUCGAUAACGGAUUUCUUCGAUGCGGAUGGUAAAUUUUGUCGAGGGAUAAGAAAAAUCUCGUUCCAUUUCGUGUUCUCGAAAAUUCUCAGAAACUUGGACGGAAAAUUCCUUGAAAGAAGAGUUCCUUCGAUAUAAUAUUAAUAGACUCUUCGCGAGAAGAAUAAAGAGAAAGAGAGAGAGAAGCCAUAUCGAGGCUUCUUCCUAUUAGAAAAUCGAGGAAUUUUGAAAAUUGUCGAGCGAUUCGGCAGUUGUGUGGCCGCGCGAGGGGGUGCUAAAAACAAAUGUUUUUUAACCGCGGAACUAAUAAGGGUAGGAAGAAGUGGGUAGAAGAGGAAAAAUCGCGGGGAACAGAGGCGAGAGGGGACAAGGUGGGAGAACAGUACCCUUUAUAGUAAUAUCUAAACUUAAUUGUAACUAUUAACGAUACGUACGACUGUGGUAGCUAUGCUAGUACCUGCUAUUGUUAAAGAGAGAGAGGGGGAGAGAUUGGAGAGAGAGAAGAGAGAAAGGUAGAGCGAAAGAAAUCGAUUGGAUUGAGUGAUGAGUCGAGGGAAAGAAGGGAGGAGUAAAGACUUUCGAGGGUUGGUACGUGGCGGAAGACGUCCAUCGGUGUAAGGUGACCCAGUUCUCGGAUCACUUUCUCGAUAUAUUCGGAUCGUUAGUCCUCGCUAAAUAGAAAAAAAGAAAAAAAAAAGAAAAGGAACAAUUUUCGAUCGAACCUCGAGAAAAAGAGAGAGAGAGGGAGAGAAAGAGAGAGAGAAAGAGCUCUUCUCGCGCCUGGAUUAUUUUUCUAAUCUAAUCUAAUCUUUAUAAUCAUCGAACGAAUUGGGUAUCCGCGACGAAAUCAGCGAAUCGAGAUCCUCGAUUCGUCCUCGAACAAGAUCCUCGUCGCGCUUUGGCGACGUUCAUUGUAAAUGUCUCGAGGCUUUUCUUUUUUUUUUUUUUCUUCUUCAACGAUCCGAUCAGGAAUGGGAUAGGAGAAUGGCGAGAGAAGGAUUAAGAAGGAAAGUUGGAGCAAGCGUUGCAAUGAGUUGCGAAUCAAAUAUGGAUCUCGGCUUGAGACGAGAGGCUCAGUUCAGCGAAGAAUCAAACACACGUACACGAUGUAUACUCUUCUAGCAAAACCAAAAAAAAUAAAUAAAUAAAAAAGGGGAAAAAAAAGAACGAACGAAGAGAGAAAGAGAGGAAGAGAAAGAGAAGGAUACUGAAUCGGAUUGAAAUCGGUGGAUGGCAUGGAGACGCGAGAUGGAUGAGUUGAGGUGAGUGAAGGAGAGAGAGAGAAAGAGGAAGGAAGGAGGAGGAGGAGAGAGAGAAAGGAACGAGAUAUAGAGCAUACAUUGAGAUACAUACAAAAAGAUAAACAUAUAGUAUUAUACGAUUACAAUACGAUUGUAAUGAAACACUUUGUAAGCAAGGAAACAAAAAAAGAAAAAAAAAAUUAAGCAUAGUUUUCCAUAAUCUGUAAUGGAUGUAUUCGUUAACGAAUAAAAAAAAAAUGACGACGAGUGGUUAAGGAUAAUACACACACGAACACACACACACAUACACACACUGACACGCAUAUACUGUACACGAACACACAGUUGAAUAACCGUUCGAAGUAACUCGGGUACACGACACACAAGAAGUAAUAUGAAAAAAAGAAUAAAAAAAGUAACUAAUAAUUAAUAAACACGUGAGUAACGUGACGACGUAAACAAACGGUAAAUCUGUCUCUUUAAAGUAUCAUGUGUCUAUAAACUAUAGCGAUCGAUAUUGUCUUUUUAACCGUAAAUGGAGAAACAAGUAAUCGUGGUAACGUAACUAAUGUCAUAGCGAUAACCGAACACUGCAAUAUUAGAUAUAAUAUAUAUUCAUACAUUUAUAGAGAGAAAAGUGAGGGAAAGGGAAUGAGGAAGAAAAAGAGGAUGAAGAAAUUGUGCGAGGCUCUGACGCGCGUGAUUAGAAAAGAAAGGAAAAAGAAAAAAAAAAGAAUAGAGAAAAAUUCGAAAUAACUCGAGACGAUAUAUCAUCGAUUCCUUCUCGAAAGCUUUUUUUUUUGGAAGAUUGGAUGAAAAAAAAGAAAAAAGGGAAAAAAAGGAAAUAGAAAUAAGAAUACACGCAUGUAAAGAGAGAGAACGAUCCGAACAACAAAAUGAUGCGAGACUCGCGUGUCAGAGCGGAAGUGAGCAAACGUGAUACGAUCUCCAGGCACAGUUGAAAAGAGAAAGCCGUUUCAUGUUGAAAAAUGAAAAAAGAAAAAAAAAAGAAAAAAAAGAAAAGCAGCAAGAGUAAAGCAAAAUGAAAACUGAAUGGAAGCGAACAAUAUUAAAUAUGCGUUUUGUGUAUCGGACACACUCGAAGCUACACACUCACGCGCACACACAGACAGCAGAGACACUAUUACUACUACACAUACACACACACGCACACGACACACGAAGAAACACAAAGAAAGACCCAAAAAAAAAAACCUAUCGAUUAUUCUACCAAAUAAUGAAUUAACAAGAGGAUGAUCAUUAGAUUUGUAAUUAAUUACAUAUAUAUUUUUCAAUACUUUAACUACUUGCUGAAUGUAAACUAUAUACAUAUAUAAUUAUAUAUUAUAUAUAUUAUAUAUAUAUUAUAUAUACACACACAUACCGCGUAGGGCUGUAUCUCGAUUACAGCGUGGCGUAGAAGGCCGGCCCGCCGACUUCCGGUUCUCAGCAAGAUCGCAGCGACGAACACCGCCAAAAACGAUGCGAACAGAAUCGUAACACGACGAAUUGGCAACAGACACGCGUAAGUGUAAGAAAAUGUCGUUUCGACGUUGUCGAAGAUCGGAAGUGGCGGGAUAAGCCUUCGACUGCGGGACCGGAGGGCGCGCCAUGUUGACUCGAAGGUUGCGUUCUCCGGGCAGGGACGGAGAGAUCUGCGAAAGAGAAGGAGAGAAAGAAAGAAAAACCUUUUUGUACCCCACCCAAGUCACACUCUCGGUGUCGAAACGGUAAAGAAAAACCAAAAAAACAAGCAACUAUGUUACUCGUGUAAGUGCAUCCUAAAUGUAACUGUUACGAAAUGCCCCUUCUCCGAAGCCCCACCCCAGGCCCCAGUCUUCAUCGUUUCGUACGUAGCAAGAGAGAGGGAUGAAACAAGCGGCGGAGAAAACGAGGAAAAGAAACAAUAGUGCGAAAGGAAGGGAGAGAAAGAGAGAGAGAGCUUGAAAUUUUGAGCGAAAGAUAUAAAACGCGCGUGUGUGGCGAGUGAAAAGAUACGAAUGAAUUUUCCGAUCGAAAUAUAAUCACAUAUAUCUGAAAACAGUGCUUCGACUAUGAUUCGAGAGACUGUUGAAAACCAGUGUGCGUGGAGAAACGAAAAUUUCCAGAGGCUGAGCAGUUGUUUCUCGGUUCUCGAUGCAUACGUGGAUGUCUCUUGUUUCUUGACCCCUUCCGUGACGCGACGUUUUCCUUUUCGUUCUGUUCGCUGAACACGGUUUGUUUACACGCGUGCGCGCCCACGUCCUUUUUUUCCGCGUUUAUCGUCGUUUUAACACUUUUUCAUCGUGAUCCGUGUACACUCGGAAUCGAAUGUGAGAACGAGAGACGAUGCGACGAGUGAUACGUGUGUACGUGCGAAUGAUGAAACGUGUGUGUCUAUGCAUGUAUGGGGGAGAGAGAGAAAGAACGAACAAAGUGGGUGAGCAAGUGUUGAGGAUGUGUGCAAGCGAGACAAACAGCGAGACACUGUGCGCCUAUAUAUGUAUAUCUGUAUAUAGGUACCAUUUUCAACCGCUACCGUUGUUUCUUUCAUACUAUUUCUUCUCCUUUUUUUUAUUACUAUUACGAUUUUAUUAUUAUUAUUAUUAUUAUUAUUAUUAUUAUUAUUAUUAUUAUUAUUAUUAUUAUUGAUUAUAUUAUUAUUGUAAUCGAGAUGUAUUUUCUGUUGGCUUUAGAUUUUGUUCCUUUAUUUUUGUACGAGAACCGUUUUACCUUUACUAAGUGUGCGUUAAGUAAGCUAUAUAAGAACAUUUUUUUCUUACCGUCAAUUUUGACGAUCCAUUCAGAUGGAUCUAUUGCGCGAACGACGCCGAUCGUUAACGAAGAUCGUCAACAAAAAAAAGGAGAUCCCUUAUCACACAACGUGGUGUUAAUUUUCCGAGAAACGAUAAAAUGUGAAAACGAUCAGCGAUGUUCGCCAUUUUUUUUUUAGAUAUUAAGAUGACUCUUUUCAUAAAUCAAUUAUACGUAUAUAUAUAUAUAUAUAUAUAUAUAUAUAUAUAUAUACGUAAUAUAUAUAUAUUUUUUUCUCUUUUUGUUCUUUUACCUUUUAUUUUAAUUCUUUUAUUCUUUUUUUUUUCUUUUUGAUAGUUUGUUAUUGUUGUUUUUGUCCUUUCUUUUUGUAUGACAUAUUUGAUUAUAUCAGCGUGCUUCGCUCCUCUAGAUAAUAUAUACCAUUAUAUAUAUAUAUAUAUAUAUUUUUGUUAAUAAUAUAAGUGGUUUGACAUAAUUACAGUUACAGUGAUUAUCCUGUUGUAAUGGAUUUGUUUUCUAUAUCUCUUGCGAUCCACGAAUGAGUUAUUAAUAUAUAUAUAAAAGAUAUGUGCAUAUAUAUAAAAAUAUAAAUAUAUAUGUAUAGAGCAUUAUACAUACUUAUAUGAGAAAAUUAUACAUAUAUAUACAUAUAUAUAUAUAUAUUAUAUACAUACACUGCUAUUAUAUUUUGUUUAACGAGGAGACAAACCAAAAGAGCAAAAAAAAAAGUGAAAAAUAUCUAAGAAAAAAACAAUGGGUGAGGUGAAAAGUCAGAGUUUUUCGGCGUGUUGCUUGUUCUGAAUUAAACAUCAGAGUGAAGAGGGUUAAAGCAGAGAGGAGAAUGAGUGUACGAGUGAGGAAGAGAGAUUUGAAAGAAGCGUUUCUUGAAAUUUUUCAAAUAUCCGGGUCAUCCUCUCGACCCAAAAAAGAGAGAAGAAGAAGAAGAAGAAAAAGGAAAUUAGCGAAUUAUGAAACGAGAGAGGGCGAAAUGAGAAAAAUGGAACGAAACGUAUAUAUAUAUAUACACACACACACACAUAGACAGGCAUGUACACAUAUUACACACGCGCUAACACACACGAACAAUCCGACAAGUAACACACCGGCUGAAACGAGGGAGAGUGGACGAAAGGGAUAAAGAGAAAAACCAAAAAACAGUCAAGUGUGAGACAAAAAUGAAACUCGCGUGUAAAAUAUACUUAUAAUAUCAUUUUGUAAAUUAUUUUUUGUAUUUUUAUAUAUAUAUAUACAUAUAUAUAAAUAUCAAAGCAUACGAGACAAAAAGCGGAACAGUGUUUGUGCGUACGAAAAAAAGGGAGAUACGGAGAGAAAGGACGAGUGAGAGAAAGAACGUUGGAGAGAGAAAAAGAAGAAGAAAGGAUAGAAAUUUUGGGGAAUGGAAGGAUGCCGUGAAUAAGAGUGAAAGAGCGAGAAAGAGUGCGUUAAGGGAAAGUGUAAGAAAGAGGGAAAAACGGAGAUGAAAAUCUCGUGAUACGCAUUGAUAACACUGACGAUACUUAAAUCGAUCGUUGAUCAAAAAAAAAAAAAAUCGUCCUUUCGUUGAUCGAGAGCGGCGCCAGAAAAGAUGCUGUUCGUUUAAUGGAUAAAAGGAAAAAAAAAAUAGAAAAAAAAAAGAUAAAAAAAAGAAACAAAGAAAAAAGCGUAAAAGACGCGUGCGUAAAAAGAAAAAAAAUAUAUACAAUGCGCCUGUAUGCAGCCUGUUCGUGAAGGAACAAACGUGUACACAAACACACAUACAGAGACAUACACAAUCUCACAAUACAUAUUAUGUUAAUUCGUGACACAUAACAGAAUCCUGAGAUGAUAAUGAUGAUUUUUUUGUUCCCUAUUAUUUGUACCUUUGUAUUGUAUUUCUGCAGCUUGUCAAAUGCUUUGUUUAUUACUACUAUUACUACUGUAAUAUUAUCGUUAUUCUUAUUACUCUUAUAAAAAUGAUUAUUCUUAUUAAUAUUAUUAUUAUUAUUAUUAUUAUUAUUAUUAUUACUAUUAUUAUUAUUAUUAUUAUUAUUAUCGCUAUGAAUUUGAGAUAUAUUGUACCGCAUAUAUUGUCGACCUUGUUUCCGUGUACCACUCGUUUGUCGCGCGCGUCCAUAGAAACGCAGGCGUGUGCAGCCAAGUGUUUCUUUUCUUCUUCGAAGGGAAAUAGAGGGAGAAAAAAGAGAAUGAGAGAGAGAAGAGAAAAGGAGGAAAGGCGUAGCACGAUCGCCUCGAAAGAGAACGGACUAUGCGACAACAGUGGAAACCUCGCAACAACCAGUUUAGUCGUAUUUAGUAAAGCCGAGAGAAGCAGCGGCGUGUUGUUAGGUUUAUUAAUUAAGAGCACCGUGCGCUCGGCUGGCGAACGGAAGCGAAACGCGCUUCCGGCCGAGAGACGCGUUCACGAACUCACGCGAUCACUACGAUCACUGGUCGAGGAGGGAUGAACAAUUCAGGGGAUCGAGAAGAGAGGAGGAUACGGGUCGAGAGAUACGGUGGAUUUUUUAUAAUUUUAUAGAAAAAUACAGAGGAUACACCGUUGAUUCCGAACGAGUGUCUCGGUGUCGACGGAAUCGAUAGAAAAAAAAAAUUAAGAGACAAUUAGGUCGCAGAUUUUUUUACGAAAGCUUCGAUCGAGAGCUCUUCGCGCGUGUUCUAGAGGUCUCUCUGUGUUGCAAAUGGAGACCUCUCGCGUAAAGCUGCGUUCUCAUUGAAGUUACGAUCUGUGCGAUCUUUCGUUAUUCUAGAAAUAUAUUUAAAUAAAUUGUUGUAAUAUUUUGUCCAUAUUGAAAGGCGUAAUUAGAGUUAAUAUAUAUUUGAAGUUUACUUUCGUCAUCAGUCGUGAGAAUGUCAUUGUUACUUUUUUUACUCGGCGAACGGGGAAAAGAAAUGUGGAAAAUUAUUUUUUAAGAAAUAUAGCUUCACUGAGGAUGCAGCUUGAAAUGAUUCGCGGUGGAACGAUCAUCCUUCUCGACACUGUCGAUCGACCGAUUUCGAACUGGAUUAUUCGAAUUAGCGCUGCUGUUGUUCGUGGUGUUGUCUCCAUCGUUCAGUGGCUUCUUCUGCGGAGAUCCGUCGAGAAAAGUUUCAAGAAAAUUUCGUUUCACGCGUACAAGUUAAGAGCGAAUGGGUAUAAUAAAGACGAGGGCGAGGAGAAAAUGAGAGAACGUUUUCCCGAUUGUUUGCCUGUUUCGUGCGUGCGUUGAGUGCAUGCGGUUACGGAGGGAACUUUUCGUUUCUCGAGGGUGUGUUCUUUCUUAUACAAUAUUGUUUCUCGUGCAAGUACGGUGGACGAGGGUGGUGCCGAUCAAACUCGCUUCCUGGAUCGAAUCCCCGCUUGGACCUCGAUCGAUUCACCUCGCGUCGCCACCUCUCGCGACAAUUUUGGGCAGAGUCCGGUUCCUCUGGUGAUAUUCUGGCUCGAGAAAGGGGUGAAAUGUCUCUCGAGCCACGCAUUUCGAAUCGCUGAGUAUCGCAAGUUUCGGGAUCAAAUCCAUCCGCGAUUUGAGGCGCGAUAUUAUUUUUCGGUUUACGAUGAAUAGCUUAAAAAAAGAAACCAUUUACUGCUGUAUCAUUUUUAAGAGGCGUGAGAGAAUAUUUUAAUCGUUGAUCGAAAUUUUAAUAUCGUAAACUUAGUAGGAGGAUUUAUUUCUAUAAUCUCCAUUCUAUAAAAUUGGAUAGAGGGAAAUUUUUACUCGGAUAUAUUUUCAUUAUAAUCGUUCGAAUAGGAUAUUAGAAAAGAAAAUAUAUAUCUGUUGAAUUAUUAGGAUUAUAAAUUAACGAAAGAUCUAAGUAAAUAUAAAAUAUUUCUAUAUAAAAAAUGGAGAACGUAAGUCAUAAGAAUUGGACGUAUAAAUAAUGAAGGAGCGCACGUUGAGGACUCUGCCCUCGGAAAUCAAAUAGAUAAUUAACAGGUUGGGUAGGAUGGACGAGUGAUCUGUUCAUCGCGAAACGAUGAUCGAGAGGAUCGAAGAGAGGAUCCGUGAUCCAGGAUGGCGUCGGUGAGGUCAAGGGGAGGGCGCCUGGUAUUAGUACACAUUAGUUUCUUCGAUAGGAGGCGCCAUUAGUUGUUGGAAUUUUGUAGUCUAGGCGAUAAUUCUCGAUAUAGUUCAAUGUUGUCGAGUUUUUAUUAGUUGAAGAGAGCGGACGCGCGCGGUCGCGUGGAUGGAAACCGGAAAACGUGCCAAACCAACUUACAAACCACGGAGGGAGAUUCCGGGGCCGAAAAAUCGGGACGAUUCGCAUCGUGCGAUGCUUCGAGUCGAUGUGCGUUUCUUCUGGCAAAUAUAUCUGUUCCUAGAUCUGUUGUCUUUGAUGAAUUAACAAUGGGACAAGAAGACGCGUUUAUGUAUAUCGCUUCAAGAUCGAUCUUUAGCGAAAUAAAUAAAGAUAUUACGUUUCCUCCCUCGAAGAUCGGUUUUGUUCUGUUCUUGAGAAACGGUGAUGAAGAAAUGAAAAAUUUUAGUAGUAGUAAUAGUAAGAAUAGCGUAGAAGACACUGGAAUGAAGUUGAAGCAUAAGGAACGUACGUGAGGCAACGAAGCCGUUUGUUGGUAGCCUUUGAUCGAUUUUUUUUCUUUUCUUUUUUUCCAAGAAAACGAUGCGUUCGUUGGAUUCGCGAGGACGCAGCCUCGACGCAGUAACUGUCCCGAAGGAAUCGAGGGCGCGUGUCUCGCAAUUCCUUCGGAGCGCGUCGAUCUCUUUGAAACGUUUGAAAAUCACGAGACUCGAUUUUACUUGAAAAAACGUAUCGUAAAGUAUUUUCGUCUCGCCUUCCCAUCGAAAUUGGUGAGGAGCUCGUCGGAGGGAUCCAAAGUCCGAUUAAUCGCGAUCGAUUUCGACGAGAGGAUCGCGAAAAAACGUGGGAGAGGGCUUCGAACGAAUUACCAGUUGGAACGACCUUCUUUAUUCGUUUUGAUACAACAACGCAGAACAGAAUCUACCUAUUAUUAGACUAGUUUCAGAACUUUUUUAUAGAAAUUUUAUACAGUAUACUCGGGACGCAGCAUGUCCUCCGACUACUCUUCGCGAUCCUCCAUUUUGCUUGGAAGAAAACCUGUUGCGAUCGAUGUUUGACGAGAGCUCGCCGAUGGACGCGAACGAAAUGAAGAUUCUUCGACCAAAGAAAGAAAUCGAGUCUCGAAAGUGGAAUGACCAAGCCUAAUGCGUUCUCUCCGAGAGGGCCGAAUUCCGGUUUCCUUCCUUCGAGACCCGGCGACUCGUCUCCGCGAAUCGAUGUGCGGUUAGUCGCGACGUUAUCGAGUCAUUAGGGGGAGCGGCUCGAAGUGUCGUUUCGAAGAUCGACACUUUCGUGCAAGCGGCUCGUUUCGACACGCGACCACCGAUCGCAUCCCCGCGAGUCUUCGAUCGACUUCCGCUUCCCGCCUCCCCACUCUCUGCUCUCUCCACGACGCUCGUCUCGGUCUUUCAGUUUUAUUCGUUCUUGGUCGGAGAAAGAGAAAAAAGAGAAGAAGAAGAAGAAGAAGAAGAAGAAACGAUCGAAAAGAAGGAGAAGAGGCGAAGGGAGGCAAUGCUCGUUCGACGAUCCAUUUAUCGCGGAUGAUAAAUCGAUCGAAGAACGGUGAAAAAUUGGCGAUGGAAGUCUGUAGGGUCGCGGGUGUGACGAUCGAGAAAUGGAAGAGAGGAGGGAGAGACGCGUCUCCGUUGCACGGUCGCUAAUUCCACGACGUGUGAACGUUAGAUGAAACCUUUAUCUAUAUAUUUGCCACGAUAUUCAAUACGUGAAUGAGUAUAUCUAUUAAAUAAUAUUGAUAUAAAUACAUAGAGAACAGAGAGAGAGAGAGAGCGUGGAAGAAUGAAAGGGAGAGAGCGAGAGAAUUGCUCGUAUAGAGAGAGAGAAAGCGUGUUAGGGAGAGUGUGCGAGAGCGAACGACGAAGAGAGAGAAAGUAUGGUAAUAUCAUGAAAUUAUUAUUCUUUGUUACUUCUUUAUAAUUAAAACAAUAAAAAAAGCUGCUGAAUAAAAA